UCCUUCAUGUUCUUCACCACCACUUACCUAAUCUCUUUAAACAGAACUGCCUUCCAGAACUUUCUUGCUAUCCUUAUAUAAUCAAAAAUUGUUACUCAUACCAAACACACAAACAAAUAAUCAAAAAUGGCUACGAGUGAGGUUAAGGUUCUUGGAGCAUGGGCGAGUCCGUACGUUAUGAGGCCAAGAAUUGCGCUGAACAUGAAAUCUGUGGACUAUGAGUUUCUUCAAGAAACUUUUGGAUCAAAAAGUGAACUUCUGCUAAAAUCGAACCCUGUUCAUAAGAAAAUCCCUGUUCUGAUUCAUGAUGGCAAGUCAGUUUGUGAGUCUUUGAUCAUUGUGGAGUAUAUUGAUGAUGCUUGGUCUUCUGCUCCUAAAAUUCUUCCCACAGAUCCUUAUGAUCGUGCUACUGCUAGAUUUUGGGGUGCCUAUAUUGAUGAUAAGUGGUGGCCAAGUUUAAGAGGGCUUGCAUCAGGAGAUGCAGAGGCAAAAGAGAAGGCAAAAGAGCAGAUAGUAGAAGGGCUGGUGCUACUCGAAGAAGUUUACCAGAAAACCAGCAAAGGAAAAGCGUUUUUCGGAGAAGAUGAAAUCGGAUAUCUCGACAUUGCAUUUGGUUGCUACUUAGGUUGGCUGAGAGCAACAGAGGAAAUGAGUGAAGUGAAGCUACUCGAUGAAGCCAAAACUCCAGGUCUUGUCAAGUGGGCUGAUGCAUUUGCUUCUCAUCCUGCUGUUAAGGAUGUACUGCCUGAGACUGAUAAGCUUGUUGAGUUUGCUAAGCUUCUUUUUGCCAAACUCAAAGCUCCUAAAACUGACUCUUAGAUUCAUAAACUUCUCCUCAUAAGCUUGUUGUUUUUCUUUCAUGCUAUAGAUUGCUUGUAGCACUUGCUGUUUGGUCCGAUUUAUUCGGACAAGGCUAUAUGCAGAAUAAAAUGUUUUUUUUAUAUAUUUUAAUGCAGCUUCAUAUUCAUCUUGA